UUGUUUUAGUUUAGUGGGCUCAUUUUGUAACUUAUGUGCUUUGUUAUAGUUUAAUGGGCCUAUGUUGUAUACGUUAAUAUAUCAAAGCCCAUAAAGUUCCGUACUCUCCUCCCAUCAUCGUGUAGUUGUCUCGCUCUUGUUUAAAUCUCUAGGGUUUUAUAUAGAAGGCGCCUCUGGUUCGAGCCUGAGAAGCAGAGGUUUGAUUGGAAGUAAGAGAAAGAAUGUCGAAGAAGAAUAACUUAGCCAAGAGAAAGAAGCAACACGAGUACAAUCUCCAAAAGGAGAAAGAACUACAGGAUAAGAAAAUUAAGAAGCUUCAGGCCAACAAGAACAAGAUGAAAGUUGAUGGUAGUGGUAAGAAGAAGAAAGGUGGAUUCUCAGUUGGCAAGAAGAAGUUGAAGACUAAGUUGACUCCUGCUGCUAAAGCUAAAGCUGCUCAAGCUAUGGAGCUAGACAAUUGAGAAUAAAUAUGUUUUGUUUUCACUUGUAUGUAAACUUUUCUUCAUUUUUUUAUCUUUGUCAAUUCAUUUUGAAGAAAUCAGUUUAAAGCUAUCCUCUGUUUUUUUUAUUCUUCUUGUAGGUUUAGAACUUCUAUGUAUGACUUUAAUUGUUUCUAAUGUUCAAAUUCAGCAUUGCAUUAUAAA